AAACUUUUUGAGCCUAGACAAUGGAAAGAUACCGCCGCGUUUCAAAGCCCAAAAAUCAGGAUGUCAAAGAGAAUGAGGUCUUGAUCGGCGUUAUAAAGAACCCGAAGUCUUAUUGGCAGUAUGCAGUGGGGCUCCUAGAGAACAAGGAAAAGGAAUAUAACGAGAUCACGCUUAAGGCAAUGGGAGGGGCUAUAUUCAAGGCUAUUAUGACCUCUCAGAUGAUAAAGCAUACGAUCUAUGGGUUACAUCAGAUUAUCACGAUUUCCGAAGCCGAAAUUCGUGAUGAAUAUGCGCCCAUCGUCGAGGGUCUAGAGCCCUAUGAGACGACGAGGUGUGUGUCGUCGAUCUCGGUAAGGCUGUCGAAGAUACCGUUGGAUCCGACCGCAUGUGGGUACCAGGCGCCUUUGACGCAGGAAGAGAUGGAUCAGGCGAAGACGAGAGAGCCACCGUAUGUAAACUCAUCGACAAAGAGGAGGACCGGUGGGCGACACCACCAUCGUGGUGCGCGUCGAAAUGGCCCGUCAGGAGGGGCAAAGCAAUCCGGAGAGUCCGGAAAAUCGUUCUCGUCGAAUUCUGAAAAGGGAGGUAGGAACAACCCGAGACGCAGGUCUGGGUGGACCGAAGACAAGAAAAGGGCAGAGUCGCAGACUCCCAAGAAUGGCCGAAGGGAGGUGCUGGAAGCGUCAGAUGCAGAAAAAUCGACAGAGGAGACUCAAGAGCAAAAUUCUCCGCCAGUAGAGAACAAUUAGAUAAAAGAAAGAAAAGCCUGAUUUUUUUUUA